AUGGACAAAAGACCAUAUGCUAGACUGGUUGGGAGCUUAAUGUAUGCUCAAGUAUGCACAAGACCAGAUAUUGCUUUCUCAGUUGGUGUGUUGGCAAGGUAUCAAUCUAAUCCGGGGAAUGAGCAUUGGGUUGCAGGCAAAAAGGUACUCAGGUACUUACAGAAAACAAAAGAUUACAUGCUAGUAUACAGAAGAGUUGAAAAUCUGGACCUUGAGGUGAUUGGAUAUACAGAUUCUGACUACAAAGGAUGCAUUGAUGAUUUGAAAUCUACUUCAGGGUAUAUUUAUGUAUUGGCAGGGGGUGCAAUCUCUUGGAGAAGUGUUAAACAAUCUCUGACAGCUACAUCGACCAUGCAGGCUGAAUAUGUUGCUAUUCAUGAUGCCACAGGUCAAGCUUUGUGGCUCAGGAACUUCAUGAUUGAAACAAAGGUAGUGGAUUCAGUAGAAAGGCCAUUGAAGCUUUAUUGUGAUAAUGCAGCUGCAGUGUUCUUUGCUAAGAACAAUAGAAGAUCCACAGCUUCAAGGAAUAUAGAUGUGAAGUACUAUGCUGUCAGAGAGAGUGUGAGAAACAAUGAAAUUGAGAUAAUCAAAAUAGGCACCCUAGCUCAGCUUGCAGAUCCUCUCACGAAGGCCAUUGCAGUAGCGCCUUUUCAGGUACAUGUCAAGAACAUGGGUAUCUUAGAAAAUCUUGACUCGGCUGAAUGA